ACAGGAGGCAUAUACCGUACUAUUUCUACCUAGGUUCCUCGGCACCCUUCCAGUCUUGCCUCAUGGUUUGCCUUAUUCGCCAUGCCGCUUUCACAGCGCAUCCAACUAAUGUGAGGCUUAACCACAGUCAUCCUGUCCAUGUAUUGCGCCUUCGUGGUGCGCGGGUACCAGGUUCCCAGCCAGUAAGGCAAUGCCGAGCAACAGCCCCUAACCAGCCGGCGCAGCAGGGAGCGGCUACACCCGAAGAGGAGUUCGUGGGCAUUCCUCCAGAGGAGGACGUCGAGGUUCCCGGUACCUAUCAGGACGCCCUCAACCCGCACACCAAGCUGGGCAAGGCGGUCCGAGCGGCAGUGGACGAGCUCAACCACCUGAACGCAUUGGAGAUGGAGACGCUGCAGCAGUGCGACCAGUUGCUCAAGAAGCUGGGGCUGAAGAGCUCCAUCAUGCAGGCGGUGCAACCUGCGCAGGAGCAGGAGCUGGAUCCAUUGGAGGAGGAUGAGCAGCAGCUGGAGCCAGCGGAGGGGGAGCAGUGAGGCUAGGAAGGGGUGGUCUGGAUACGCAAUUGUAGGCGUUGGGCGAGUGAGGGUGUGCGCUUUGAGAGGCGGCAUCCGGCAGGAUAGAGGUGCAGUGGCAAAAGAAGAAUGAGUGGGCAGAGGAGUUGGCGAUUUUGAUUGAAAGGGACGCCGGACACUUCAUUGCAAGCAGCAUGACUUUUGCCGUGAUCCUGUCCUUCGCAUGGUCGCAUGCGGGCCGCAGCGGGGUUGUAAUGGCUUACUUGGGCAACCGCCGCUAGUGCCAUGCUCAAUUUUGGACGAGUCAUGACUUCCACACGAGUCAUUCACAGUGUGUUGCCGUAUGUUCGGCGUCUUUGUUGCGUUAGUUGUCUUUCGUUGGACGACACCGGCACCCUUACAGUACGAAACAUGACCGAGCAGUAAGUGCUGGCCUGUUGACCCGUGGUUCAGGUUACGUACUUGUCAUCACGAUAGCCCAGUCGUGUGACAGACGCCUGGAAAGCAUUCCUACGCCAUGGCUGUUCUCCUCAUAUAGGUCUAGGGAUGGCGAAGGGUCUGCGAAGCUUUCUCUAUGGCAGGGCGAGCGAACUGCCGGCUCCCUUUGUUGUUAGCGUGCUGCAAUCCCAAAGGACACAGGGACCUGGCCGACGUGCGAGGGGCAUUAGCUGCCUGAUAUGGUUAACGAGUUUUUCAAACACUUGGCAAGA